AGUGCUGUUGCUUGUCGAUGGGCAGGUUGGCUUGCGUUGGCUUGAUGGACCCCAAGUCCACUAGCUACGUCCAACAACCAUCACAGUAGACAGCCAUAGCUUUCACGGACGGACCUCUCCCGCGGGGCCGAAAGAAAAGAAGAGAUUUUGCAUCAAGUCAUGGACGAACGGCAGCUGAAACCACGCCAUGGCAUUCCUCCCAAAUUGACAGGAAGCUCAAAAUUAACCUGGUGUUCGUUCCUUCCAAGGAAGCUGGAGCAGAACAAGCAGCCCCCAAGGCUGACCGUCAGCCGGCAAGCCCCCGCCCCGGAUUGAUGACGGAUUCCGAUCGCCAAAGCCGACGAUUUUACUCCAUAGCGGCAAUGCAGCCGGCCCACCGCAAAGGGCAAUGCAUCUUCCUCGUGACAGCGAUGGCGACGACGCCAGCAACUGCGCCCCGCUCGCCGAGCCCCUGCUCGACAGGCCUCGCCGGCAGGACUGGCUCGGUCUCUUGCGCGGCGGCCCGCCGACGUCGUCGUCAGCUGGCUGGGUCGCCGUGGACUGGGCGUCCGUGCGCUCGACGUGCAGGGAAUGGAUCACGCACCCCAUGAACGCCGCGCUGCUUCUCUGGCUCCUCUGCGUGGGCGCCUCGGGCGGGAUGCUCGCGCUGCUCCUCCUGGGCCUCCUCGACGGCGCGUUCCCGGCGCCCGCGGCAAGGAGCCACUGGGCCGAGGUGAACAACCAGGUGCUCAACGCGCUCUUCACGCUCAUGAGCCUGUACCAGCACCCGGCCCUCCUCCACCACCUCUUCCUCCUCUGCCGCUGGCGCCUGCCCGCCGACGCCGCCGAGCUGCGCGCCGCGUACUGCAGUGGCGGCGGCGGCGGCCAGGCACGCGCGGGCGAGCGCGCGCACGUGGCUGUCGUCGUCGCGCUGCUCCACCUCACCGUCGUCUGCCAGUACGCGCUCUGCUGGCUCUACUGGUGCUUCACCCGGAACACCCGCCCCGACCUCGUGGAGGACGGCUUCACCGCGCUCGGCGUCGCAGCGCCAAUCUUUGCCGUCGUGUACACCAUGUGUAGCCCGCUGGGAAGUGACACAUCCGGCGACCUCGACGCCCCGUCGGUGACCGCGCAAUGCCCCAGCACGUUGGCGCACGCUGACGCCGUGGUGGUAGUGGAGCCGGAGUGGGCCGGCGGCAUGUUCGACUGCGAUGGAAGCGAGGCCGCGGCUGCGGGGUGCUGCCUCUCCCUCUCCUGCACAUUCUGCGUCUUCGGGUGGAACGCCGAGAGGCUCGGCUUCGGCAACGCGUGCGUGCACGCCGCCACGUUCGCGCUCCUCUGCUUCGCGCCGCUGUGGGUAUUCGGCGUCACGGCGCUCCGCGUCCACGACGCGGCCGUGGGCGACGUGGUUGGCGGCGCCGGCGUGCUGCUCUGCGUGGGCGGCCUCCUCUACGGCGGCUACUGGAGGGUCCAGAUGCGGAGAAAGUUCGGGCUCCCCGGGAGCGCCGCGUGCUGCGGCUCCAAGUCGGCCACGGACUACGCGAGCUGGCUCUUCUGCUGGCCGUGCGCGCUGGCGCAGGAGGUGCGCACGGCGAGCCUCUACCACGUCCAUGGCGAGAGCUUCUUCCACCGGAUACCUGCUGCUGCCGCCGGCGACCACGAGCCGUUGCUAACGCCCGGCACAAGCGCGUCUGCAGAGUCGGAUGAGCACUUGGUCGUGGUUCUUCUUCGUGAUGAGAUGGUUCCACCACCGGUGGUUCAGGUUGUGGUGGUGGCAGACAAUGACACAUGCUUGGAAUGCAAUGUCGUUCAUGUCCAGGAGAAGAUCGAACCUCCGUUCCCGACAUCGGCGGUCGACGUGGAAGAGGAGAACGGAUCGUCUUCGUUGGCGUCCAAUCAAGAAGAACCGGUGGACCAGAGAUUGUCUGGUGGAAGGUGGAGGGUGGAGAAGCUCAAGAGGAUGAUCAAUGUGGUCACCAUGGUGUCUUUGCUUUUCCUCUUGUACACAAGAGGAUUCAUUCCAUAGAGAUGCAUUGUGGUUUUGAAAAAAGCAAAUAAUAGUGUUAGGAUUUAGUAUUACAGAUGUAUAGAUCACCAAGAUAUAUUCAAAAUGAACUGCAAAUAAUUAUGUAAUUUGCUAGAAUCG